UGGGCCUGGGCUGGGCCCCCCCUGGGGGUCAGGCUGGAUGAGCCCGUGUGUGGCUGUGCUGGUCAGUGUCGCGCGGGUCUCGGACAUGGAGACGGCAGCGACGCGCCGAACCCUCGCCGCCAACCCGGACACAUUACGGUGAUGAUCCUGACGCUCUCCGUGUCGCGCGGCGGUGCCCGAUCCUCGACGACGACGACCACCUCCCCGAUGUGGGACAGACCGUGGGCCGACCUGUGCGAACCGACCUGAGUCCACCUCAACCACGGCCUGCUCCGCCCGCUCCGCACCAGGAUGUGGCCGAGCGAGACGGCGGCCGCCGCCAACGGCCCGGCCGCGACCGUGGCGUCCUCGCCACCGCGACGCCGGAGGCAGUCGUUCACCAUGAGGGGCAGCAUCGUGGGCAUCUCGGACGGGCUGCGCGGCUCGUCCCGAGGCCACUACGUGCUGCUGCAGGCGCUCGACAUGCUCGUGUCCAUGUUCGUCAUGACGCCCGCCGUCGUCAGCUACUGGCGCGGCACCUGGGCGCUCAUGGACUACUACGUGUUCCCCGACCAGCCCAACCUCAGCAACCUGCUCUCCAUGCUGAUCGGCGCCGUCUGCCACAUCAUCUUCACCAUGGUGCAGCACCCGCUCGAGAGGCACCUGCACCCCGACAAGCACCGCCUCAUGUACUACGUGCUGUCGCGCAUCUACACCGCCAUCUUCAGCUUCGCCUGCGUCAACUCGUUCCGCGGCGUGUGGAAGGCGCUGGACCAGCACACGGGCCUCAACCCGGCCACGGUGGCCGCGCUCACCAGCGUGUCCGUCGUGGCGCUGGCGUGCAUGCGCGCGCUGCGCAACAUCUCGAGUAUGUGA